ACUUUAUCCCGCCUCGAAAACACAACCGUCCCCUCCACCGUCUCGUCUUUCUUUUCAAUAAGCAACGAUGUCAGACAAACGCGGCGACUACCGCGUCGUCGUCCCCGAAGACGAUGAGCGUGUUUCGACGAAGCGCGACGAACCAUCCAGCGUGGAGCAGUUCUUGAAUUCUCCUGCGUUUCCGAUUUUGAGUUAUUGUGGAGCGAGUAUCUUGAUGACGGUUACGAAUAAGUAUGUGUUGAGUGGGUAUGACUUCAAUUUGAACUUCUUUUUGUUGUGUAUUCAGUCAAUUGUUUGUGUCGUCGCAAUUCAAGUCUGCAAGUCUAUGGGCAUCAUUACCUACCGCGACUUCUCUAUUACCGAGGCCAAGAAGUGGUUCCCCAUCUCCCUCCUCCUCGUCAUCAUGAUCUGGACCGGUUCCAAGGCGCUCCAGUUCCUCUCGAUCCCCGUCUACACCAUCUUCAAGAACUUGACGAUUAUCUUGAUCGCGUAUGGAGAGGUCCUGUGGUUCGGUGGCAGUGUCACCCCCAUCACCCUUUUCUCGUUUGGAUUGAUGGUUGUGUCGAGUGUCGUCGCGGCUUGGGCUGAUAUCUCCGCUGCGCUCUCCUCCUACGGAUCUGGAGCUGUGGUCUCGUCGGAUGUGUCGACGUUGAACGCUGGAUACCUCUGGAUGCUCAUCAACUGUAUCUCUUCGGCUACCUACGUCCUCGGCAUGCGCAAGCGCAUCAAGUUGACCAACUUCAAGGAUUUCGACACGAUGUACUACAACAACUUGUUGUCCAUCCCCGUCCUCGUCAUCUGCUCCUUUACGCUCGAGAACUGGGGCGCAGAGAACCUCGCCCGUAAUUUCCCCGCCGAAUCCCGCAACUCGCUCAUCAUUGCCAUGGUCGUCUCCGGACUCACCUCCGUCGGUAUCUCAUACACCUCCGCCUGGUGUGUGCGUGUUACUUCCUCCACCACGUACUCCAUGGUCGGUGCGUUGAACAAGUUGCCUGUUGCAUUGAGUGGUUUGAUCUUCUUUGAUGCGCCGGUUACGUUUGGAAGUGUUACUGCGAUUUUUGUUGGGUUUGCGGCGGGUCUUGUUUAUGCUGUUGCGAAGAUGCAGCAGGGGAGUGCUAAUAAGAAGGGCUUGCCUACGCAGGGCAUUCCCAUGAGUGCGAGUUCGGCGAGCAUGAGGGAUGCUGUUAAGAACUAGAUGGUGUUGUUAUAAUAGGGGUUGGGAGGUGUAGUUAUUUCUAUAGAUGGCUAUGCGUGUAGU